AUGGCCAAACCCCUGCUGAAGAUACAGCGUUAUUUCCGCAGGAAACCUGUCCGUUUCUUCUCCCUCAUCCUCCUCUACCUGACAGCUGGGAGCCUCGUCUUCCUCCACUCUGGCUUCGUGGGGGACAGCAGCUCAGGAGGCAGAGGGGGCCGGGACUCUGUGGUAGCUUCAGGGACUUCCUCGUCAGACACCCGGGGGCUCAGCAUCAUGAGUCGAGUGUUUAAGGAGACGCGCAGGUCUGGUAGACGGUACGGCCCCCCGUGGAUGAAAAAGAGGCAUGAUGGAGAGGCGGUGCGCAGGGGGGGAGACUACACCAGCAACUGGAACCGUGCACUUAAAGGACGCAAUGCCAAAGACCUGGACGAUGGGAGAGGUGAGACAUGCAGAGAGUUUCUGAGUUAACAUUGUAAACUUGAUCACAUCGAACUUUAAAAACCAAUCAGGGAAUAAUAAACAGUGUUCUUAGUGUUUCUAUGAACGUUUAUUUGUAAAGCACCAUUCAUACACAAGGUAACUCAAAGUGCUUUACAGAUACAAGAAAAUACAUUGGAAAAUAAAAAAGAGAUGAAAACGAUUUAUAAUCAAAAAUACCAUUAAAAGGAAUAAAAGAGGAGAAAACAGCGGGAGCAGAAUUGAGUGCGAGGAUAACUAAAUUUUUAAUGGAGGAAUGAUGAAAAGACAUGCCAACAAUUGUAGCUGUAAAAUUGAUGAGUACUCAUCGUGCAAAAAUCCUUUAAAUGCUUGUUAGGACAUCAUCCCGCUGCUAUUUCUUUUAGAUUAUAAUAAUUAAUAAAUAAAAAGCACUUAAAACUUUAAAGAACAGGCUCAUUUAUAAUGCACACUCAGUGACAAGCACACAGGAAGCACACAGUUCACGGUAAUAAGAUAUUGAUCUAAAGAAAUCUCUGAUUACAAACGAGUUCACGUGAAAAACCGCGACCACAAGGAGGAAAUCUCUCUGAGGCGCUGAGAUGUGGUGAUUAUGACUGAUCCCUCUGUCUUUUAGAGUGAAAUGUUUUAUCUACAUUUUAUUUGAUAUGAGAUUAUUUCCACAUGUGCAUUAUCAUGUAAAUUACUGCAUGAAUUAUUCCCCGUCUUAGUAGAUUGAUUGUUCGUUUUUAAGUUUUAUCUGCAAAGUGAGCGCUGCAGUCUUCACGGCUGUCAGAUAAAAGCCGCCUCUGUUCAAAUCAAUCUUUAAACAGAGAGUGAAUGACAAUGAAUAACUCCCAGAUUUUCCACUGUGGGUUUCUUGUUUCCCUCCAGUGAACAGUACAGCCGGGUGGAGAAUCUAAACUCGGUUAAUAUGGGACAUAAAUGUGAGUGGCGGCUGCUCCAGUCUGGGGUGUGAGAUGUAGCGAAAGGUGGAGACUGCUUUCCUCAUUUUUUAACUUGCUGUAGUCUGGGACAGACGCCAACCUCUCGGAGAAAAUAAAUAAGUGAUUCUAUUACAAAGGAGCUCAGUCUCACUACAGCGCAGGGCCCUGCUGCACAGAAAUGUUCAGUAUUACAGAAAUAUGUUUCUUUGAACAGAGUCAAGCUUUUGUUUUCAGGCCAGGAGAACAAACAUAUUUGCAGUGAACAUUCAGGCUCUGGGUAAUCUGUUCUCAGUCCACCUCCUCUGAAGCUGCAACCUCCCAGGACUGCAGCAAAAAGUGAUAAUUGACUAAUUAGCAGAUUCAAAGCCGUUUUUUCUCUCGCUCAGUCUACACCACUCAUUACUCUGCAGUCCUGACCAUAUAACCCAUCUUAAUGCUUCUAUAGUUUCCUUUUUCUUCCCGGUCCUGUGCAGACACGCCUUCUUGUUGGCUCUGGAUGUAAUUUCAAGAGAACAUUGCAGCAUGAGAUUUACUCUGCAGCGCAUACACACACUUGCACUGAGUGCUGCAGGAGCGAGGAGGUGUACUGUAAUGAAGGGGAGGCAGCAGUCGACCGGGGAAAGACUGAAGCAGAGGUGUACUUGACAUAAGUUGCGCAUAAUACCGGGAGGUUAUUGUGCAUUGAAAGUAUGAAAGAGCCCAGCCAAUAAUAACAUGUAUACACUAUUUUCAGAUGCUGUUUCAAUCUCUUCUUACUAAACAGGAAUAUGUUCUGCGAAAUGAAGCAGCAGCUCUAUUUAAAUCAGGGUUUCCCUACAUGGUAAAGCAGAUUAUUUUCCAGCUCAACAAUUGUUAGGAAGAAGAUUACUGUCCUGCAGCAAACCACAUGCUGCACAAAUGCAGGCCUUUUGACCAUGACAAUUAAAGUAAUGCAGGGGCCGAGGACUCAUUGAGCUGUUAGCAGAGGCUCAGAGGGGUAAUGGCAGAGCGCAGAUGGUGACAGGUUUGUUUGUUAAAGGUACAGUAGAGCCUGAUCUAACAGGGGAGUCUUGUUUUCAUGGGAGGGACGACGCUGUUUGAAGGGUUGCUGCCUCUGCAGAGGUUCACUGAAGCCCAACCCCCCACACACUUGUGAAUUAAUGCAGCGAAAUGACUGCCACUACAGUAACAGGCCACUAGAAGGGGAUGUGUGUCUUUAUAAAUAAAUAAAGCUCCUGCCCCAGUUUGGACUCCUUGUGCGUUCUUACACUUCACUGUGAAAAUGAAGGAGAUAAUGCAGAGGGAAGUGGUUAAUUUAACACUGGUUUACAGUAAAACGAGUGUUUUUAAAACGUGCCCUAAUAUUACACACUUUAUUUUAAUAUGUGCCAACAUGACUAACUUAUUUUUAUUUUCUCUGUUUCAGCAAAAUACAUAGGCUGUUACGUCGACGACACUCAGAAGAGAGCGCUGAGAGGAGUUUCCUUUUUCGACUACAAAAAAAUGACUAUAUUUCGUUGCCAGGACAACUGUGCAGAAAGGUAUGAAAGCAGCGAACAACAAAAAGCUCUCACCCCUGAUAUGUCAUCCCUAGUUGUCUUCGGUCUUACCUAUUCUUCUGCAACACUGAAGGAACUAAUGUGAAAAUUAAACACACUGGUCUAGGAGUGACUCCCUGUCUUUUAGAGCCAGUCUGAUCAGACGUUUGAUGCACAGAUACGUGCCGAUCACAUAUUAUAAAACUGACAUGAUGUGUUUUUUAUCUAAAUAACACUGAAAAUAAAAACCUGGAGAAGAAAAACAAAAAACUCUUCAUACCCCAUUCCUCAAAUUUUGUUUGUCGAUUGUUUAAACAACAUAUAACAAAAGUCGCCCAGACAAAUUCAAACUAGGACAUCUUCACGCGUCACCAUGGCAACCAUAUAUCAGCUUAUGAUGAUCAUGUGACCUACUGGUUAUUUGAAGCCCCAGUAACUGUUGACAUGGACCUUAAAGCGAGAUUACGUCCAUCAUCAGUUUUAUUACAGCUGAAAACAAAAUCAGAUUACCGAUCAGCAGAACACAUUAAAAGACCGUAGAUACUGUAUGUCAGCACAUCUGGGCUGCUGUUUCUUUGUUCGCACAGACCUUGAAUCAAAAUAGGAUGAUCUCACCAAUGCAGUGUAUAUACUUUAAACACAAUACAUUUCUAACCCUCCACAUUUACUCGGCUCAAACAUCACGACUAACCUCAGGUCAACAGAAAGAUGUUUUUUCGAGCUGAUUGUGGAAAAACUGGCCUGCAGUCAUGGCUGCUGCCUGAACUCUCCAAACAUGGACAGUCUGGUCUGUUAUGAAGAAAAAUAUGAGGAUUUCUCUGAACCCUCGGGGACCACUUUGUGUCUGUGCUCUUGAACAGUUUUUUUCUGGGCAGGAUUACCACCUGACAGCCGACUCCAGUGUCAAAUCUUCUCACUAAUAUCUUCAGCGAUGGAAUAAACCCUGUUUUAUUUACAUAUGCAGUGUUUUAAUGACUAUUAGCAACACUUACUCUCCACUUGAGUCUGAGUUUGUUCAUUUUUUAGACAUUUUUACUUAAACUUUUUUAUAUUUAUAUAGAUAUAUUUAUAUUGAUUUUACAACAUAAAACACUUUGAAUAUGUAAUCAUCUGUAAAAAAUAAUUAUUCAAAUUUUUCUGCAUAUUAUAAGAUAUGGGUUCAUAAGAUAGCAGUUUAUAAGGAACUGAAAUAAAGUCAGUGAUGCAUUAACACCAAAAACAGGCCCAUCAGAUUAAAUACGACUGGUUUGGAUAUCUGAUUUCUACACUCUUUAGUGUUUUUACAUCAUUAAAGGUAUUUAUUAACUUAAGUAGGUCAGUAAAUAAAGUAAGUAAUUAAAAUAUUUGAGAGCUUCAGUUUCAAAGGCAAGUUUAUUUAUAGAGCACCAGUCAUACACCAUACAAGGCAAUUCAAAGUGCUUUACAGAUGCAAGGAAAUACAUAAGAAAUUGGGAAAAAAUAAGAGAUUAAAGCAAUUUAAAAUCAAAAAGACAUCUUAAAAUCAAUAAAAUAUCAAAAUGUAAUUUAAAAUCAUUAAAACUGUUUAAAUUGGCAGAACAGCAAAGUAGUAGUAAAAGGAAAUCAAUCAUCAAACUUCAUUUAUGCAGCGCCAAAUUGGAAAACGUCUGUGUUCAGUUUAAAGCUUAUUUAAAUUUCAUUUUGUGCAUUUUUGUUGAAUAUUUCCUUAAAGUCUCCUAUGAUGCUUGAAUAAACAAGCUUACAAACCUGUAGUUUGUUAAAAUCUCCUAACCUUAUAAUGUCUGAAACCACAAAUUAUGGACAGAAAGUUCAAAUUUUUUUUGGAGCUAAAAUGUAAUAAAUAAAUAAAUAAUAACUUACUACUGAAACUACUUUUUUGGUAAUUUGUUGAUCGUAUUGAUUGAUAGAAGUCAUUUAUCAGACUGUAUUCAGGUGUUCUUUUUAGUAAUCUGUUGAUCGUAUUGAUUGAUAGAAGUAUCAUAAAUGUAUGUAUCAAAUAUAAUACAAAAGGAAAUAAAGUGUUAACUUAUCCAAAAAAAUCAGAAGAGUUGGUCCUUAAAAUCCCAAAAGAACCGAUUUUAUACAGAGAUGUCAGUGAGCCACCGUCAUUUUACCCGUAAUCGAUGGGUCCAAAUGAUUUUUCUCGUGCGUCUUACAUCCUCGUCUCAUUGUAUCAUUUUGGCCGAUAAUUCCCCUGAAAUGCGACCAAACAAACUUUCUAAAAAACAAGAUUCUCCUUGAGUUUCUCCUGUUUUUGGACCCUGUGGUUGUUGACUGAGUUGCCUGAUUGACAGUCCAUGCUUGCGUCCAACACCUCUGGAAAGAAUUGGAGAGUCGACAGUGAGCCAGAUUUUAUUGCCUAACAUCAGCGCACAACAUCAGUUUGGCUCUGUGGCUGAGUGGGAGCAAAAAAAACCUGCACUAUGCCUCCGAAAGUGUUUGCAUCUCAUCUUCCCAGAAGAGAGAGCAUAAAAAUACGAGUCGUUCUGAAACUGUUUGUGAUUUACGAUCCUUUGACUUAAAUCUGUAACGACAUAAAAGUCAAGGGUAUGCUCCGGCUCUCUUUGCAUCCAUCUGCUCCUCUCUCCAUUACUCUCCUUUUUCCUCACAUCCUAUCUUCUUCCUCUCUGCUUCCUCACCCUCAUUUUAUUCCCCAUGAACGAUUUUAGGGUAGCUAUAUCGAACACGCUGAAUUACACCCAUCACUGAUUCACAGAGCGCAGAAUGGGAGCUGAGAUCUUAUUUUCACCUCCCUCCCUCUCUUGCGUGUGAAUCUCUGCUGCCUGUCUGCAUCUGCCUCACAAACAGGGAGUUGAUAAAAACAACAACAACAAAAAUAUGCGGGGCAGCAGCAGUACAUCGCUGUGAUUGAUUACUCUCGGGGCCUUUUUCUUCAUGUGGAGGGUGUGUUAGUUGUUUAAUUGCAUGCAAAAAAGCCUCCUGGGAGUCGAAUCCUUCACGGGAAUCAAGAGAGGAGACUUUGUGUGCAGCUUUCACUUAAAGGGUUGUGUAAGAUUAAUUGGCUUUCUCUCUGCGUGUGUGAAGUUUCUCCCCUCCUCCCUAAAGACAGAGGUAUCAUUUUAGAGUUGCAUCAAGAUUUCGUUCUCAUAUUCACCCCCAUCAUCCAAUCAUGUCAACCUUCUCUGUCUUUCUCUUCUAAUAAUGUCACUCUUUUUCUCUCUAAAGAGGCUACAUGUACGCAGGUCUGGAGUUCGGAGCGGAGUGCUACUGCGGUCACAAAAUCCAGGCGCCCAACGUUUCAGAGAGCGAAUGCAACAUGGAGUGUAAAGGAGAGAAGAGCAACCAGUGCGGAGGAGCUAAUAGACUGUCCAUCUACAGGCUGGAGCUGAGCCAGGAGUCUGCACGCCGCUGUGAGUCACCCAAUCCCCAAAUGCAUGAACCACAUGACGCUCCAUGUAGGGGGUCAUCAUUUUGGCACCCCGGAGUUUGCGCCUCCAUCAUUUCUGCUGAUCACUUCCUGAAGUUUUUAGCACUGAGAGAAAACUGAUGACUGGAGAUCGUGAACAGGAACUCGUGUCCAUGUGCUGAAAAAACACAUGAUCUACAGUUCAACCUCAGACACACACACGCACAAACCAAAACAACAACUUUGUAGAUGCAGACUGACUGGAUGGUUAACGGUAUUUAGCAUGAAAUACACACAAACAAACCACUCGCCAGUCUCCUGCUCGAGGGUUUCACGCAGUGUCACACCAUAUUCAUCACACCGUCUUUAUGACUGACCUGAGGCGAGACAUGAACAAUCGACACCCGUCCUCUGCUAUGCUGUGCACCAAAGAGUUUGAUGUUAUAUUGAGACUGAGACUACAUUUACACGUACCCUCUGCGUUUACAAAGAAAAACUGCGUGCACACCACAGCGUUUUUGGUUUUUAAGUUUUCUUUUACACUAACCCGUGUAUGCCGUCAAGAGCAUAUCCAACAUGUGGGUGGCAGCGAGAAGCUCAAGCCCAUGUAUAGCAGCAACAACAACAACGUCCCUUCUUUCUUUCCUGCGCACAAUCUGCCAUCAGCUACCCAAAUCUGCGUUUACCUACAUUUUCAUCAGUAUACAUACAAACAGAGUUUUCCAAAAUCUCCACUUUCAGUUUUUAAAAAGCAUCGUUUUCAGGGGUCAGUACACAUCGUUUGUGUCUAAACAAGGUGCAAGAUGGUUAAUGUCGUAAAAAUAACCGGGUUCAUAUUAAUGGGGCCUGAAGUUGUACAUUUAUUAUUGUCACGAGAAUAAAAAGUCACAAAUUUAUGAGGAUGAAGUUGUAAACAUAUGAGAGAGAAAAGUCAUAAUUUUAGUCUAUGUUGGCCCUUAUAUUUCAUGACAUGCAGGGUUAAACAAAGAAAAAAAGACCCAAAUGCAGAACAAAAAAUGAUUUAAUUAAAGAACAAAAUGAAAAAAGCAACAGAAGAGGAAAAAUCACAAAAAUCACUGGGGCAGAAUCACAGGGAGCAACAGGGGACACAAGCGUUCGCAUCAAUAUACAGACAUACAGUAAACCAACCAGGACAGAGGGGAAGACAGGGACUAUAUAUAUACACACUGGGAAACGAGCAACAGAUGAGGCCGACGAGACACAGGUGAGACUCAUCAUAGGUGAUUAAUAAAGGAGGGAAAACUAGGGUAAGUAAAAUCAGACUAGAAACGCAGAGAAUCAAAAUAAAACAGGAAAACACUGAAAACUGAUAUAAAACACAGAGAACAGGAGGGAAACAGGGUCAAACACAAACUAAAAACUCACAAGACUGGACAACAGGGGAACAGGAACACUAGGGAACAGAAACAUUGGGAGGGGAAUCACAAAGAAAAUACACUCACAUAACAAAACCAAGGGAAAGCUAAAUCAACAGAACAUAUCAUGAUGAUAUUCUGUGUUAUUUUAAAGGAGAAAAGCAGAAACCGCGAGUGCCAUGUGAAGUUAGACUUUAAUAUAGGUUUAAGGAAUAUUUAAGCACAUUAGAUCUACACUGUCUUUAGUAUCAGGACUUGGAAUCAAGUGUGCAUGAACCUGUUUAGGCGGCUUCUGCACAGUUCUGCACCAGUGAACUCCUCCAGAUGAUCCAUGUUCUUCCUUUCAGCCUCUGUAGUUUAAGUAGUUUAAGUUUUUGACGAUUUACCAUAAAACUUCUGUCUCAUUAAAUUGCAACUUCAUCCUCAUGAAUUUCCAUUUUUCAUGAGGAUGGUUGCAGCCCCCUGCUCUGUUACCAAGGGUGUGAGGGGUUACAUGAGAACUAGCCAGUUCAAUCGAAUGGAACACAUAUAUAAUAUUAUUUAAGACAGAUAACUUGGCCGUGAUUCAUUUAGAAAAUCCAAACUGAGAUAUCUUAUUUUAGAGUUUGUUGGACUCGUCUUCACAGGCAGAAAGAUGUCACUUUGAUCCAGAAAUAUAACAGAACCAGCUGUUAGGAGGAGGUAUUUGUUUUGUUUUAGUUGGCGCCGCAGUUGGGAGUAGGCUGCUCUGUUGUGUUUACUUCCGUCCCCUGAGAUCUUAGCUACCUACGCAGACCAGCAGCAGGCCGUGGUUUGUAUCCUAAAUGCUCACUGCCUGCUGCUGCUGCUGCUACAGAGGGGAAAAGGAAGAAAUGAUGACAAGAAGUGGAAGUAAUCUCCCAAUCUAGGUAGUUUGUAGGAACUUAUGCAAGAUAACUUUUCUCCCUUUUGUCCGUUCUUGCUGUAAGACCUUUAAAAAAAACUCCCCGCCACAAAGUGUUGUUAAUUCUCACACUUUGAUUUCCUCUUCCUGUUUCCAUUUCUACUUCUUAGAAAUAAUCCACUUACAUAGAAAAAGGAUUAGUGAUAACGCGUAAACAUUUAUGGUCCAGCUCGGUUCUGUUUGUUUGUUAUUAUUAUUUUCAUUUCUGCUUUUUCCUCUCUGUUUGCCACCCGUCAGACUGCUGAAUAAGCGCUGCAUGUUUGUGUUUUCACCUCUGACCCUGAUUUCUGUCAUGUGAGAGCUGCUCGGACCAUCGAAGAGGAAAUGCAGGAAAUGUGUCGAGGUGGCUGUUUUGUGUUUUUUGUCACUUAGAGACCAACAUGCUUACAUGAAUGACAGUUUUCAGUUCAAGUUAACAGCUUCACAAUCCUGCACAAGAGAUUUAACCCAGCUGGUAGUUUGCAUUAAUAAUCUACGAUUUGCCUUUAAAGGUCUUAUGUGUGAUAUACGUCUGAGUCAACAGAGCUCUAAGAAGCAUCAGAGUCUGAUUUAGAAAGACAUGUUUACGAAGGAGGAUUAGGGCCAUAUGAAGAAAAUAAUAGUCUAAUAAAUGCAAGAAAAAAUAACAAUUACAGGAACGAGAUUAAAGUCGAAAUUUUGAGAUCAAACUCGUAAUUUUGAGAUGAAAGUUGACAGGAAUGAAGUCAAAAUUCAGUGAAUUAUAUCGGAAUUUCAAGAUUAAUGUCGAAAUUACAAGAUUAAAGUCGUCGCAAAUAAAGACCAAAUUUCAUGAAUAAAGUUGUAAUGCUGAAAUUGAUAAUAAUGAAUCAACAGCAUUGUCACACGACCACACGUCCUUUGUAGAAUUCUGUACAGCGAGGCUGUGUUGUAUCGCAUUUACAAUCAGACAACUGAUCAAGAUGAUUGAUCCUGAAGGUGUGGAGCACAGUCGAGCACAGCGUCUGAGGCGCAGACAUAACUGAAGCCGAGGACCCAAUAUGCUCUGGCACAUGGACAGCUACGACAAAUUUAAGCCACAGCCUACGGCAGUUCAUUUCGACUUUUUAAAAUUUUGACUUUGAUCUCGAAAUAUCAAUUUAAUUCACGAAAUUUUGACUUUGUUCAUGACGACUCUAAUCUCAAAAUUUUAAGCUUCUUCAUGUGGGCCUAAUCCUCUUUCGUACAUGUCAGAUACACACACACAUGCUGGAGCUUAUUUCAGUGGGAGUUAACCUGUUUUAUUUUAAGACCCACUUCAAUGAAAAUCAAGUUUUUCUUGAUUUUUAUAUGUUCAUAUGGCGUUUUUCUGAUGCUACAGAACAUAUCAUGAGGAAACUAAGUGCAAAUUUGCUUUUCUGGGUAUUUCUUCAUUCAAAUCACUGUGAACUCUGGCAGACCCAAACGGCAGGUUGAGAAAACAGUGAGAUUUCCUAGGUCACAAUUCAAGCUCCGCCCCUGAAGCCCCGCUAUGCAGGCCAGACUCGGGGAAAUAGAGAGAACAAUCGCAGAACAAGCGUGUGCGUUCAAGGAUUGCAAUGCUCGUAAGAAAGCUGAUUAUGAUAUUAACUUUCAUCAUAAAGACAUUAGUGUCCGAGAGCUGAAUAGCUCCUAUGUUACCUGUUUCUUGUACUACACCAGCAAUUUUAGGCUACAAGCUAACUUGAAGAGAAGUGUGCAGAGUAGCGCUGCCUCCGCCCAUGACUCAGAGACAAAUGAGCUGCUGGAGCUCUGCAGAAGAAAAGUCCUUGAAAAUGACACAGGUAACAUGAUUCUCGUAAAAAAAAACUUUAUAAUCACAAUUUAACGACCACUGAGAAGACUUUAAUAGUAAAAAAAAAACAAUCGAAGUGGGACUUACAGAGCUUAAGCUGGUGGUUAAAGCCAGCAGAGAAAAGCUCUGUAGUCUGUUGUGGAGUUGUUUUGGCAUUCUUGUCAAAGUCAUGGGGCUGAGUGACUAAUGUAGAAUCAGUCUGAGAGGUGAAUGUGCAGAGGGAGCAGAACCAAAAUGUCCAAAAUAGCAGAAAUCAAAACUAGAAACGUCAUCUCAUUGAUUUACUUCCUGUAAAAGAGAGAAGCAGCCCCCCCCCUGCUGCGUGAUAUAUGAUCUGUCCAUUACAGCAGAGGAAGGUCCUGAGAUCAAAGGUCAUGUACACACUGCAGGGUGUAAGUGCCACUAUUGGCUAUUCAGUCUGCUUCAGGUCAGGGCCUGUGUGGGCUCGUGUAGAGUCCCAGUGGGAGUCUCUUCAUCAGGGGUCAGUGAAUAGAGGCCAAGCUGAUAGAGAGCUGGGGUGGAUUAUUGAAUAACAUCUCUGUCUGAUCCGUCUGUUUCAGAUGGCAGCGCUAUUUUCAAAGGCUGUUUCCACCGGCCUGACAACGUCACUCUGGCGCUUCCUCUCAGCGCCGUCAUCCAGAACAUGUCUGUGGACAAGUGUGUGGAUAUGUGCACAGAGAAGGUGAGGGGGACGUGUGUAUUCAUUCCUGCUGUACUUAAAAAAAAUCUGAGUGCUGCUCCAGGGUGUGUGACGGCAUCUGUGUCUGUGCAGGAGAAAUCACUGGCUGUCCUGGCGGGAGAUCGAUGUCUCUGCGGCUUCCCGACUCCUCUCUUCUCCCUGCAUGAGCCGGAGGACGAGGGCAUGUGUCUGCACCGCUGCCACGGGGAAGAGUUUGAGAGCUGCGGAAAUGACGAGUACUUUGUGGUGUACCAGACACAAGUUCAAGGUGAGGGGAGCUCAUGACAGGAAAAUCCAGUGUUACCUUGAGGGAUGGGGAAUAAAUACCCGAUAAAGUAUUUGUCAAAACGCCAAAAUUAUCCGCUCUUGGGUCCUGCGGAGAAACAUUAUACUCUGAGUUUGGUCACAUCAGUGCGCAUUAAAGGUGGGGUAGGCAGGAUCUGAGUUAGUGCCAGUAUUUAGGAGAAAUCUUAAAUGUAAACUCUACCCCUACCAACCAGUUUUCCCCUCAGCUCCUCCUCUCCCCUCAAGCCCCGCCCACAAACAGACGCUCCUGCUCGCUCGUAUCGUUUCGAUUAAAUUCAGAUAUAAUGCAGAUAAAUACUUCAGAUAAUUACAAAUGGGGCCCAGUCAAGGUGAAAGUAAAAAGCAUUGGUGCUACUGUAGAUGCCAACAGACUACCAGCAAACACAAUGUUUGCAGGACUUCUACAACUAGGAUAAAGUGACAUAGUCCAGGACCCGAGGGAGGACAGUUUAGCGGCGCUACAACACGCUACAGCAGGUCCGUUUGACAAGAAACACUUCUGUUACAGACACUUGUCUUACUUUGUUAAAGUGGUUUAUCCAGCAGAAAGUUUACAGGGUCACCAAGAUCCCGAAGCGUCCCCCAUUGUUUAUGCCUCAUUGAUGUUGACCCGACUUUUUAGCUCUUGUCCGGUCUACCUCCUUUUUAAGCUCCCGCUGUUUACAUACUUUAUGGUUGGUUUCUACUAUCCAAUAUUGUAGUACGCUUACUUUGUUUGGGCUCGUGAAUGUUAAUCAAAGACGUGGUGUGUGCCUCACAACACGAGGGCCCAGGGUCCGCCUCGCAACUAACCAGACUGGGGAGGCAGAGAAUGGCUUUGUUUAGAGUCAGAAAGAGCGGGCCACUCAAAUAAUUUAAAAUGUUGACUACACAGACAUAAGAGAACACAGCGAUAUCGUUAUAUUCCCAAAUGUCAUCAAUAACUAAUAACUAUUGACUGAUAUUAAAAGCUUUUUUGUGUAUAUACACCACAAAUAAAGAUGCUUCUUUAACAGAAUCCUGCCUACCCCACCUUUAAUGCAUUAAAAGACUGUCUAAUAAAGGGUUCGAACAGUAAGUACUUUUACCACAAACACAUCAGCAUUGUGCAUCAAGAUACCUGAAGAAUCUCUGACUGUCUGCGUCAAACAAGCAUCCAGCUGAACAGAGAAAAUCAACAUAGACAGAGAGUCAAACAGAGGAAUAGGACGGCAGCAUAUACCAAAAUAAAACAAGAAACACAAACUCCUGACAGGAUAUCAGAUCCUAAAAAAAAGACACAUUCCUAUGAUCUGUGUUGACUACAAGAGGACUUUAAACUGCUAACUCUGUCCGGAGGUAACAUCAGACCUUAGAAAAACACAACUUAAUCAUAAUUUCUUUGUUAUAAGAAAGGCACAUUUGUCAUACUUUAUGCAGGGCAGGACACAAGCUUUGAAACAAAAGACUAGUGCUGGGCAUUUGUGAUGCAUGUGCUUCCUGUGGCACCGAAGUGUAAGCCACAUCCUGCAGCAGAGAAAACCAGUUUAUUAUGUCUUUGCUGCGGUUUAUGAACUCAUUUACCAGAAACAGUUUAUUCAAAAUAGAUUUAAAUGUAUUUAUCUGCUCUAAACACUCAGUAUGAGUCGGUGGCCUACGUGUUGUCGUGUGUAGCGGGUCCUGUUGCACGAGGCAGCUGCAGCUUUGAUCAGCCAAACAAAAAAAAAAAGGAAAAAAGGAGAUUUUUAGUGAAGCAGAAUAAAAUAAAACAAAACAAAACCUGGAGCAGGAUAUAAAAUGAGCUCAAAAUAAGUUUGCCUGCAGUGCUGCCUUUUACACUGACUAAGCAUGUUGGCCAACACACUGACGUCAGCAGGUGGGAGUCAUUAGGCAAUCUGGGAGGGUGAUGAUGAGGAGGAAUCAGGCGAAUUAUCCCACACAUACAAAAAUGUCAAUAAACAUGGUUUUUAUGAGCCUGUAUCCACUUUUUUCGACAAACUAGACGACCUUAUCUUGGCUUUGUUGACAUUUGAGGAAUCCUUGUCACAAUCUUCCAACCUUUCAACACUAAAAAUUACAACAGAACGAGAUUAUAAAACAGGAAGUGACCGACUUUCAGUGCUUGUUUGCUGAGAAACUUGUCAAAUUGAUACUGUCAGGGUCACUGUGUUUGUUUCAAAUCAAUCUCACGGCACUAUCCAGAUAAAAAGAUCAAUAAUAAUGAGGACCGGUGGCCUUGCUUUCUUCCAGAUAAUCGUUGUAUGGACCGCCAUUUCCUCUCCACUCGUGCCAAGCAGCUGGUGGCUCUCGCUAGUUUCCCAGGGGCCGGUAACACGUGGGCUCGCCACCUCAUUGAGCUCGCCACCGGCUUCUACACCGGCAGCUAUUACUUUGAUGGAUCGCUUUAUAAUAAAGGUACGCUUCAACCUUUUUCUCUCCCGGGGGGGGGGCCUCUGUGGAUUAAACACACUCACUGUGGGUUGUCAUGGUUUCACAGGAUUUAAAGGGGAGCGGGAUCACUGGCGAAGCGGGAGGACGAUCUGCAUAAAGACACAUGAGAGUGGCAGGAAAGAGAUCGAAGCCUUCGACUCCAGCAUCCUCAUGAUCCGAAACCCCUACAAGGCCCUCAUGGCGGAAUUUAACAGGAAAUACGGCGGCCAUAUUGGAUUCGCUUCUCAGGCUCAUUGGAGGGGGAAAGGUGAGCCGCUAUUACCAAGAAAAAAAACUGGAUAAUGGUCCUGAAAGUAAUAUUUUAUGAUGUAAACAUAAAAGAGACAACGAUCUGAUUGGUUGACGAUCGGAGAAGCAGUUGAAAAAAACUGAGUCGUUGAGGCAGAUUUGAAAAAGCGUCCCACCCCCCCACCCCCACACACACAAACCUCUCCCCUCUGUGCUCCACGAUAACUCCCUCCUGAGCCUGUAUCGCCCUCCCUACGACACACCCCCUCUGGGUCUUCUUAGCACUUUUGGUGGUGGGCGAGCAGAAUGUUUUUUUUGUGUGUCCUUCUCCAUCGCAGCUCCUGUAGCUAAGCUGCUACGCUACUUUUAGCCGCUCAGAGCUCCGAGGAGGGAGAGUGGGAGGGGACAAGUCGGAACUACGGGAGAGGGGUGUGUCGGAUACAGCGAGGUGAUUGGAUGGAGAGGCGGAGCAGGAGAUUGACCAAGAGGAGCUGUCCCGGACGCAAUUUUUUUUUUUUUGUAGGAUCGUAGGGGAAGGUCCCGCCCUCUUUCGCCUCUGAUUGGCUAGAAGUGCUGGGCUCUGAUUGGUUAUUCCUUAUGGCUGUGAAACGUCAUCGUCUCUCAGGUUAGGGUCAGGAGAUUCAGAAGUGCGAUAAUAUUCUGUUCGAUGUACAGAGCCGACAGCUUGUGAUGACGUUUCCACCUUUUUUAGCCAAUCAGGGGUGAAGAAGGUGGGAGCUUCUCCUUCCAUCCUAUGAAAACAAAUAUCGUGUCCGGGACGGAUGGCUCCCACUGGUCAAUGUUUUGCAGCUCUGCACCUGCUGGAGUGAACAGAUUUUUUCCGUUCUUUUUUCUCUUCACUUUGUGGAGAUCGCACUUUAGGACCACGAUCGCCAUAGAAACGAGGUUCAUAAUAAUUACCAAUCUCUCUAAUUGUCGACCAUGCCUUUAAAUUAGGAUGUAUAGAUAAAUUCAACAUCAUUAUCUUUACUGGGAGUAUGUAAUGAUAUUUAAUGAAGUGAGAAAGGGUCAAUAGCCUGUACAAUAGCAAAGACAUAGGAGGAAAUAAUCGAUAACCCAGGGCUGUUUUGCGGUUGUCCUUGCCGACCAGUGCGGCUGAGCUCAGUAUUUAUGUUGACGAUAUUCCAAAACCACACCAUAUCAGCCAACAUCUGUCUAUUACAGAAAUGAGAAAUGAAACUGUGAGUCCACCAACUAAAUCCACAUUUGGACAUGUCAUGAGUUGACUCACCAGGUCCAUCGAGCUUGUUCCCCCAGACCCUCCCACAACACUGGAUUAUGAAACUCUAGACACAGUGGAUGGAAGUUUUUUCUGACGUGUAUCACCUCACGGUUUCUGCUGUAUUAAUCUGCUGCUCUGUAAUGUUGAAACUGAUAUGUUGUAUUCAGACGGCACAUUUUAAUUAGUCCCAUUUUGGCUGAUUUGUCGUCUUGCCACCUUUUAUGAAACAACGCUGAAGCACAAUUAGUUUAAGUGAAAUUUCUCUUGAGUCUCCUCGAUGUUUAAAUGGUUUUAAAGAGGUCAUUGGUCUUUGUAUAAUCAAAGAAAUGAGACAUUUGGGUCCAGCUACUCUGGGAUAUCAUUAUACCGCAUUUAUAGUCUGCUUUUUUUUCUUUUUCAUCACAUUCACCCCCCUAAGGGUGUCCUGGUAACCAUGGCAACUAGUUUUGUCUCGUCUGCUUAUCAUCUCCCUGACUUUCUGCGAGGUUUAAUCGAUUUUCCAGAGGCUGGAGAGUUGCCGACCCAGCAGUUGUCUGUCUUUGUGAAAACAUCAGCACAUUCGCCCUGCCAUCUCCGAUGACUUCUUAUCCCCCGCUGUCGGUGGAGAGACGUCGCUGUGACAUCAGCGCAGAAAGAGAGGCUUCAUGACAGCUGCCACGCUGAAUACACGCCGAGGAUCAGUCUGGGAGUCAGCGUGACAUUGUGUCUGGGACGUCACAUGUUUGACUGGAUGCGCUCACCUCUACAGAGGGAGACUUAA